AUGCACGGCGGAAGACGCGAAAACUACGGCACCUCUAGUGGCAUGGGCGGCGGCUACAACGACGGCCCUAGAGAACACUAUGGAGGCGGCAUGAGCGGCGGCGGAACGGGAGGAGCCAUGGGUGGCAGCUACGGCGGCGGCCAUGAAAAGAUGGGUGGUGGCUACCGAGGCGGCGGCCGAGACAGCUACGGCCCCUCCGGCGGCAUGGGAGGCGGCCCUGGAGGCGGCGGUCCCGGUCCCCGCGACGACUACAACGGCGUUGGCGGCGGCGGCUACAGCGGAGGUCGUGAUGAGUACGGACACUCUGGCGGACACUCCUCUCACGGACUUCGCGUGGUCGCAUGUGUUCUGUGCUGA